UGAGAAAUUCCUCUGUAAUUCGUAAGAUCUAUCAGCUUUUUAAUUGAUCACUGUGUGACUCUGUGCAGACAUUUCUCUUCGAAGGCAAUCAAAGUUGAAGAUUGGUGUAGAGUUCGUUUGGUCGAGAUAUCAAUGGGUGACAGUCAGUACUCUUUCUCCCUCACCACUUUCAGCCCUUCAGGGAAGCUUGUUCAAAUCGAACAUGCUCUGACAGCCGUUGGAUCUGGUCAGACAUCUUUAGGAAUUAAAGCUGCUAAUGGUGUUGUGAUUGCUACCGAGAAAAAGCUUCCAUCGAUUUUGGUCGAUGAAACAUCUAUGCAAAAGAUUCAGACAUUGACCCCAAACAUUGGAGUUGUAUACAGUGGCAUGGGCCCUGAUUCUCGAGUUUUGGUUCGAAAAAGUAGAAAACAGGCUGAGCAAUACUAUCGUCUUUACAAAGAACCAAUUCCCGUGACUCAAUUGGUGAGGGAAACCGCCACUGUGAUGCAGGAAUUCACUCAGUCAGGUGGCGUAAGGCCAUUCGGUGUAUCACUCUUGGUUGCCGGAUUUGAUGACAAGGGUCCUCAGCUAUAUCAGGUAGAUCCUUCAGGUUCAUACUUCUCUUGGAAAGCUUCGGCCAUGGGGAAGAACGUAUCAAAUGCCAAGACAUUUCUGGAAAAGAGGUACACCGAUGAUAUGGAACUUGACGAUGCUGUGCAUACAGCGAUAUUGACUUUGAAAGAAGGAUUCGAAGGACAGAUUUCGAGCAAAAACAUCGAGAUUGGUGUGAUUGGCAACGACAAGAUAUUCAAGGUUCUGAGUCCAUCUGAAAUUGAGGAUUACUUACAGGAAGUGGAAUAGUUGAGUUCGGAGCCUAACUUCUUUUGUUAAUCAACUGGGAUUCUUUUUUUUUUUUUUGUUUUUGUACAAUUAUUACUUGGAUCUUGUUCCAACACUAAUCCCUGUUUGGGUAAAUUUUAACAAAUAUUUUUAUCCUGAGAAGAAAAGAGUGAGAAAAUUUUCAACAUUGCCUAGCGCUCAAAA